AUGCCGGACGUCGAGAGUGUGAACUCCCUGCUAGCCAUUGCCGUAUUUGUUGGGAUAUCUCUGGCCUCUCCCGACCAACACGGCCUCGAGAACCGGCCAGAAUGCGAUGCUGAUCCCGGCCUGGAAAUGAGACUGGUGCUCUUCGAAGUCGUCUCCUUUGGCUUGUUCAUCUUGUCAACACUCGUGGCCAAGGCCACCAAAGUCCAUAUAAACAUACACAGGAAGGAAGAAUUUUCGGGCACGAGGCGCAGGUACAAGUACGCUAGAGGCUGCUUGUUGUUGUUAUCUGCAAUUGCUUCGUUCGUUGGGGUGGUGUUCUUGACGCUUUCAAUGGUGGAUGUGAUCCAAAUCAAGAUUGGGAAGCUCAGUUGUGGGAGUCAGUAUGCUUUCCUUUCUGUGGCUUCACUUUGUGGAAUUACCAUUGUUGCUAUGCUUGUCUAUUCAGUCACUGCAGGUCAUGCUAUCUAUCUCUCCAUCACUUACGGUUUUUAG